UCCCCCAGUGGCCACCAGCUUGUGUGCGUAGAAGCCUAACGAAGAGGUUCCAGCUACUGCGCGUGAUGGGUACGGGUUGGGAAGCUGUGCGGGGAAGCUAAAUCUACGCGGGUUCGCGGUCCGCGGAAAGUAGCGAGCAGCUCGAGUGCCUAUUGCCAGCAUUUGCGUGUAUGUGUUCUUUACGUUGGAGUGUGUGUGUGUGUGAGUGCGCGCGAUUCGAGGGGAGCUCAGUUUCCCUUUCGGCGUGGAGCGAGAACACGUUCUGGUGCGCAGUGCGCGAGUUGCUACGGUGUUGAUCGGUGCUGAUGAUCGGCGUUCAUCUCGUCGUCCAGCGGCGUACAAAAGCGGUCUUGUGCCAGAAGUUCACCACCGCCCGUUAUCGUAAGCAAAAUCGCUCCAAAAAUCCUGUUGUGACAUAAUGAAAAUAAAAGUUUUAAGUGCACGUUUAGCAAUGUUGUGAUACGGAGCCGGGUAAUACGCGCACCACUAGGUCACUGGCGGGAGAUACAGGUUUUGGGGCGUUCGUUGUUUGGUGAAUGCUUUCUAGUGGUUCGGUGUAUUUCGCUCUCGUUCACACGGUGGCCCCCGGUGCCAGCACAUACGAGUUGAUUUCCGGGUUUUGAAAAAACCAAAAACUAUAAACGUUGCUGCUCAUCGUGUCCUCUGGCCCCGCUAAAAGGGACGUAACUAGCCGGUGGAAUUAAUUUAGCGAACCGCGUUAAUUCUUACCCUCAGCAUAAUCCACCAACCGCGCAUACGAGACCGGGCGGACAAGCAAACGUUCCAAAAAGAACCGACAAUUAGCGGAGAGUACCAGCAGGACACAUUUUACAACUUGAAGGUUGCCUGAUCCGGAGACAGCGAUCAUGUAAGCAAGCGCAACGGAAGCUAGCAUAAUUGUAGUCAUUGGGACGGCAAGGGGUUCUGUGUCCUGAAAGUCUUGCCACGAAUACUCCUACCAUCGCUGUCCAAGGAUCCUGAUCAUCUCGAACGGAAGACAUAGUUGGAGGCUGGACAAGUUAUGACGAAAGCUACAGCGCACGGACCUGAUCACCACCAUCAUGCAGAGACAUCCGCAUCACCACCACCAUCGACCGGGCGAUCAUUUGCCCCAUCGUUGGCGGGAUUUCUGCUGCUCGUGGCCGGGCUGGUGGUGUGCAGCCUGCCAGACGAAUGCAGUGGCGCCCAGCGGGAAUCACAGCUGCGGCUCGGGAAGGCGGUAAACGUUUUUCUGCGCUACGGCUAUCUCUCCAUAUCGAUGAAGGUCAUCUCGUACAACGAUAGCGAGCGAUGGCUAUUCAAGGAGCCGACGAACAACGUCUUCAAGGGACUGGAUCUGCUGAAGACGGAACUGUACGAGGUAAAGCCGGGCAUCUUCAAUGGCGACUUUCACAUGGAGUUUUGCGACAAUCGGCGCCAGCUGUUCCAGGCCUACUUCCGUGACUUCCAGAUCGAGCGCCUGGACAGCUCGUGGCGUGCGUACACCGAGGGCUGGCAUCCGGAGGUGGCGGCAAAGAAGCUAGGCAUCCAAAGUAAGUACCUCGAGCGGGACGAGUACUGUUACGUGCUGGUACGGGUGUCCCGCUACCGGGACAGUGCCCGGUUUGCGAAACCGAUCCCGCCGAACCAGACGAUCGAGCCGGAGGUGGCCCGCAAGGCGCAGGGCGUCGUCGUCGGCGAUACGACGUCCGCCAUACAGUUCAUGAAUCAGUACGGGACGCACUACAUCAACGCGUACGUGACGGGCAACUCGCUCUAUCAGGUGUUUGUGUUCAACAAGCGAAAUUACGGGCACGUGAAGGCGAAGCUGAAAAGCACCGGCACGCUGCAGGUCUCGAAGGUAGACCUGUACGAACACUUUGCGCCCUGGUUCGUGGAGCACAUGGGCAAGAUACGGUGCGCCAGCGGGAACGCGUCCGUCGAGGCGUGGGCCUCCCGGAAGCUACGGCUUUCGUACUACGUGUUCACCUACAGCAGUCUGCUGAAGCUGCACGGUGACGGUGCGCUGCUGCGGAUACUGAGCGAGCUGCUACAGAACGAAGCCAUCCUGCAGCUGGAUCUGCGCUCGCUGGGCGUCGUGUUUAAGGAUCCGGCCAAACGAGCGUGGUACCGGGAAAUUCUGGACAACUAUCUCAAGCUCUGGGAAGUAAAUAUGUAGCGAACUGUUAAGGUAGGCGACAUACGCUAGGCACGUUGCACUGAAGGUAGGAUGGCACCGGUAGGAUAGUCCAUCCGGCCAUGCGUAAACAGAUAAGUCACACACACACACACAGCUGGGUCAGUACAGGCCGGUACAGGUCAGGGCCAAAUAUGUGGAGGAAGCAGCUUUAGGAAACCAAGGACCAGAACCGUCGAAACCUCAUUUUUUGAUGGUUGCGACAGCACAUCGUUUUUGUCUGCAAAAUCCUAAACGGUAUGGUAGCCAUCUUGUUCCAAUCCUGUUAGGAGUAAGUUUACGAGUAGAUUAUUUGACGAAUAGAUUAGCGUUUUGCGGUGUGUUGUACGCUACAGGCUCCAGUGACGUACGAUUCGCAUGGUAACAGUUGGCACUAAAGCAACAAUCCUCCGUGACGCGUCAGCAGGUUUGUGGACAAAAGGGUGCAAAUUGUUUUUUAGUUACAAAAAUUACGUAUUACAUCUAGCGUUGUAAGGUAGGCUCGACCGCAGGAUCCAAAGUGUCCAUACACACGAGAGUUCUUACCCUCCCCCCGCUACUACACUACUACUGUACUACUUCCACAUGCUGUGAUAGACUUAGCUGAUAGAGUGGUUAGUGCCGCGGAAGGUUGGAUCGGAAGAACGCGUAUUACUUUUGUCGAGCGAAUCUACGCAUUUUCUAGUGAAAAUUGGUACGCUCCUGCACACAUUUUGCAAAAACAAAUUCAACAGGGACAGGGCAAAAAAUGGGGGCCAAGGGACAGAUAGUUUUGAUCGGGAAACGAUCCUUAGGCGUUAGACGAUCGAUUAAAAAUCAACUAGUGAUAGUCCUAUUUAAGCAACCAAUAAAUGAACAAAACGAGCUUUAAACGAUGCGUGUGUUGGUUAAAAUAUUCUCUCGACUGCUACAGCAAACUUUUUCGGAUUAGGUUGACGAAGUACAUGAAGCGUUGCGGGCAAUUCACACCGUUUGACAAUUACUGAUGAAGUGAAGCAUCAUCGGACCAUUUUAUAUUUCGCUAACAGUACAAAAUAACGUACGGAAUGUGUUACAACCGAUUUGAAUGGAAAACAGGCAGGGUUUUUUCCGACAAUUUUUCCUGCCGAUCGUUCGAUUGAUCGAUCGACUUCAGAAACGGGCCAGUCGGGUAAGGUGGUUCCGUUGUGAUAUUUAUUCUAAUGCUGACAUUCACGCCUAAUAUCCUUUACGCUGACAUUUCCCAGUUUGCCGCAGAAA